AUGGCCCUCCCCUUCCAGAUGCUGUGGCAGGGAAGUGUGUUCCCAGCAGCCCUGCUCAUUUCUCCUGCCAGCUUUGGUGUGGACGUGAUGAAGUGGCACCCCGCGAGUGCCUCUUGGAGCCUGCCCGGCAUGCCCAAAGCAGUUCCAGACAGCCCCACCCAGGAAUCUGAGGGCCUUGGGUGGAAACCAGGGGGCUCUGGUCCCUCCUGUACCUGGACUCUGCAGUCCCCUCAGCCGGACUGCGGCUCUGGCCACUUCCCCUCCCCAUUGCGGUACAAGAGCCUCGAGCUGAGGGUGGGUGGGCAGGAGGGCCUGUCAGGAGUGCCUGCCUGCUGGGCCACGGACAAUAAAAGUGGCAGUGACCGCAGCUGUAUCUCUGCCCCCCCAGCCACCUUCUCAGCUGCUGCCUCCAGGAAGUCCACCCUGAUUGCUCUUUUGAAGGACCCUGAACUUGGGGGCCUGCACAUCCCCCAGGAGACUCAGCGCCUCUUUCCAGCUUCAGAAGGCACGUUAAUUACUCUAAUGAGGUCAGGAGAGACCCUGCACACGCCAUCCGGCGCCCAGAACACACGGCCCCAGCCCCGUGCCGCCCCACCGCCUGUCAGCAUCCGGCCCACAGCCCCCCGCAUUAGUGUGGGGGCCUCACAGGCCCCAGCUCAAGACCCCCUCCUGCCUCUGCUGCUGCUGCGGCUGCCGCCGCCGCCGCCCCUAGCGCGCGCCGAGGACGCCACCCGCGCCAACUCGGACCGCUACGCUGUCUACUGGAACCGCAGCAACCCCAGGUUCCAGGCGAGCGCGGCGGACGGCGGCGGCGGCAGCUACACGGUGGAGGUGAGCAUCAACGACUACCUGGACAUCUACUGCCCGCACUACGGCGCGCCGCUGCCCCCGGCCGAGCGCAUGGAACGCUAUGUGCUGUACAUGGUCAACGGCGAGGGCCACGCCUCCUGCGACCACCGGCAGCGCGGCUUCAAGCGCUGGGAGUGCAACCGGCCUGCAGCGCCUGGCGGCCCGCUCAAGUUUUCCGAGAAGUUCCAGCUCUUCACGCCCUUCUCACUGGGCUUCGAGUUCCGCCCGGGCCACGAGUACUACUACAUCUCUGCCACACCCCCCAAUGCCGUGGACCGGCCCUGCCUAAGGCUGAAGGUUUAUGUACGGCCAACCAACGAGAGCCUGUACGAGGCCCCCGAGCCCAUUUUCACCAGCAAUAACUCCUGCAGCGGCCUGGGCGGCUGCCACCUCUUCCUUAGCACCGUCCCCAUGCUCUGGACCUUCCUGGGCUCCUAG